UCCACUUGUUGAGGAGGAGAGAAGGAGGACAAGCAGCAGGGCAAAAAAACUAACUUAAAUCUGUCACUAAAACUCGGAUAAUGGCAGAAACCUUUAGGUAAAAAAAAAAGAAAGCCUAAUUUAUUUGCAGGAUGACAGACGAGAUGAGCAGCAUGUCUGUGGUGAAGGAAGCUGGCGUCUUUGUCGCCUCUGUCGCUCUCGCGGGCGGAGUUGCGUAUGUUAUCUGGAAGUUGGCGUCCUCCUCCGUGAAGAAGAAGAAGGAGAAGAAGAAGGAGGAGAAGAAGAAGGAGGGUAAAACUUGCAAAGAGGAAAAAGCAAUAAAGGAGGAAGAGGAGGUGAAGGCUGUGGAGGAGCCUGUUGUUGCAGCUGAAGCACAGAAAGCAACAGAGUCCAGACCUGCAGGGUCGGCAGGGACUCAGGUGCUGGUUCUGGGUCUGAACGGAGCCGGUAAAACCAGCCUGCUACACUGUUUCUCCACCGGCUGCCUGGACGAGGACAUGGAGCCGACGCAGGGCUUCAACGCUGUCUCCAUCAACAGAGAGGACAUGCACAUCGAGUUCCUGGAGAUUGGAGGUAAAGAGGAGCUGCGGCCGUACUGGGAGAGAUACAUGUCCAAAGCUCUCCUGCUCGUGUUCGUGGUCGACUCGUCCAACUCGGAGCUCUUCCCCAUCGCUAAGCAGCAUCUACAUAAGCUGCUGGCGUCACAUCCCAGCCUGCCUUUAAUGGUUCUGGCCAACAAACAGGAUCUUCCAGGAGCUUGCGGCAUCACGGACCUCCACGAUGCUCUGUCCCUGUCCGAGGUCGGGGACCGCAGGUUGUUCCUCAUCGGGACCCACGUGAAGAAGGGAGAGGCGGAGCUGAGCUCAGGCGUUCAGGACGCUCGGGACAUGAUCAUCCAGACGGCAUGUGACGGCAAAUAAAACCCAAGAGCCUCACGUUGAAUCUUUCUCACUUAAAUCCUGCGUUAGAUAACAUUUAAUAACAUUUAAUAACAUUUCAUUCAUUCGGCUCGUUGCACUAUUCCCCUUUUACUCUGUUUUCACUACAGCAGUCCGGCUAUUGUUC